GGCCGAUGCAUAAGUAUGACAAGAUCUCUAAAAUGCUGGGGGUUUCGGCAUUCUGUGAGCCAUAGACACCAUACCGUUACUUUCCAGUAUCUCGGAACCUGCCUUCGAGCGCAAUGGGCAACACAAUCUCGACUUGUCUCAAAGCGAACCUAGGCCAUGUCCGCAAAAGACACAGCAUCCAGCCAGCCACGGGCAUUUCCGAGGCCAUGGCAGAGUUCAUGCCAGACGAAAAACAGACACCCCCAUAUUUCUGGGGAGAAGAAUGGAAUCAAGAGAGAAGAUUCAAGCAGCAUGUGAAGCACAGUGGUUACGAAGAAGCGCGCAUACUCAUAGGUCGCGGUUCUCAGAGUGAUAUAGAACGCAAUAUCAGCAAGGGCCUGAAGGCAGUUUCCACGGCGUAUCGCGUCUUGGACGAGGACAAGUGUGAUUCACAGUCCAAGCAACAUGGUCCAGAUCCCGAUAUCUCGUACCAACAGCAACUUGACAGUAUCAACAUCAUCGACGUUUGUCUGUCUGAUGACCUAAUGGCUUGGAAGAGAGAACACCAUGCUCUUGGGCGCAUCUCUUCAGACAGCCACCGCGGUCGGCGGCGGGCUUCAAACGAGGUCAUUCAGCUUCUAGGUGCCGAGGACUGGCCUGCGCCACUCCUGACCACGGACGUGUUAUUUGGAGCGGGCCUGAUGAACAUGCUCAUAGGCGCCUACGAUGCCCGUGUACUGUACAGCAAUUAUUGUAUCGAUACAGAUUCUUUCAACGAACCCCAAUCUGAGAGAUCAUCGCCAAGGUCCAACAGGUCAGCCUCCGUCUUCUCUGCCUUCCCAAAGUCACAGAUCCCACUCGGACUCGAGCGCCGCAGGGCUGUCGAGUCAGGCCUGACCUACACCCAUGACAAGAGUCAGUUGGAAGCCCGACAUGAGACUCGCUUGAAUGGCUGCACCGCGAAGAUGGACCGUGAGACAGCGCAUGUUGUCCACUUCUGUGAGGCAAACCGGGCGGGAAUAGCUGCCGAGGCUAUGGGAAGAUGCUUCGACUCAGCUGCAAUCUACGACGAUAUGGUCUUCAGCAGUGCAGCGACCGACAUUGUAAACAUUCAUUCCGACUUGGGCAGCAGCGAAAUUGCCAAUGCCUGUCUGAAUACGGCUGACAUUACGAACUCGGGAGUGGUAACUGAGGACGCUCUGAGGAGGGUUUAUGAUGCAUUUGCUGCUGUGGGGGCGCGGUGUCUGACCGAGCGUUGGUCUGAGCCAGGCGGAGGGAUGAAUGGGAUGCUCUAUGUUUGGCACAUAUUGAACGACCGGAGUUCCUUCUUGCGCAAGGCAGUCCUCGGCUGGAGCAAAAUACGCAGAGAUGACAUCAAGGGGGGACAACGGGAGGCUGACUUUGACGAAGUGUUCGAUGUGAACUACCACACAACAGGGUACAGCCGUUGCCUGAAAGUCGCUUGUAAUGGGGCAGAGUUGUGUGAUGGCGUCGAAAGGCUGUUAGAAACGGCCGGCACACGCAACAAAGAACUGCUUCGAAAGCUCUGGAUGUGUCUUGCCGGCUGGCCCGUGAACUAUGCCAAAGGUGGCAUUGUGGACGCGGACCGAGAGGAAGGAAUCGUUCAGUCCUUGGCGACGGCACUAGCUCAGGUGUACCAUGAUGGUCUUGUGCUCGAGGAGCAGUGGCUAAUUGCGCAUGCUCACCAUCACGCCUGGCAGAUCAAUUAUUUGAUGGAGGCGGCUAUGUUUGGUGGCCUACUAGACGGUGAUCGGCUGACGGGCAACGUUGGAUAGCCAAGUUGAAAUCAUCAGGUCGGCCAGAGUUCUUUCAAGAAUAUAGCCCAGGUUGCCCUUAU